UUUCCUUUUUUAUUUGUCACUCAGACAAGCUGAAGAAACCUGUCUACAGUGAUUCUAUCUGGUGGAAAUAAAAGAUAUAAUAACUACAUCCAACGUGACGAGUUCAUCAGAAACUAUAAUGAUGUCAGAUCAUGGUGAGCCUUGCACUGAAUCAGAUGCAUCCUUUUGCAUGAAUGGAGGAAAAUGCUUCAAAAUACCCUCUAUGUCCACACUCACUUGUGUAUGCAAUGACAGCUAUGUAGGUAGAAGGUGUGAGCAGUUCCAACUGGAGCUCCUAUCAGACAACAGUCAUGAGACAGGCAUGAUCGCUGCAAUAGUCAUCCUCCUCAUCCUCAUCCUGCUGGUACUGGCUGUUGUCAUCUACUGCAUCUGCAAAGUGCGAAUGAAAGAACCAGGAAGUACAAAGGCCGGAUCAAAAUCCCAGCAAGGAGCAAUAUGACUGAUUCCAAUGAAUGAUAUAAACUGACAUCAAAGGCAUUGUGUUUUUUAAAUACUUUCUUUAUAUUUAAAUGAACACAUGUAAAUAGUUAUUUUCCAAUACAUUUUUUUCCCCAAAAAGAAUUUGUGUCAAAAUAACUUUAUAUUCCAGAUAAGGAAAAUGUUGGAAUAAUGUAAAACAUUUCAAAAAUAAUGUUAUUAUUCUUGUCGGUUUGAACCUACUGCCAAUAUAAAACUCUGGAAAAUAUCAACAAUUUUUUUUAAAUUUACGCACAUAUAGAACAAUGAAGAUACAGAACAUAAAGAUAUAGAAAAUAAAAACAAAAAGGCUAAUUCUUAUACAGGCUCAAAUACAGACCAAACCAUGUAAUACAUUUUAUACUCUACUCUUCAUUCUGACAGUUAAAAGAAAUCAAAUACUCUAUAAAUGUAAUGAUUUAAAACACUCUGUACAGUUUUUCAUGUCAAGAAAAUAAAGUUCUAGCAGUAUUAAUAUA